AUGGCUGUGGAGAUGGAGCCCUCGGAUGUGAUCCGCCUGAUAAUGCAGUACCUCAAGGAGAACAAUCUCUACCGAACGCUGACCACCUUACAGGAGGAAACCACUGUCUCACUCAACACAGUGGAAAGCAUCGACAGCUUCAUUGCAGAUAUAAAGAACGGCCACUGGGACUCCGUCCUGCUGGCCAUCGAGUCCCUCAAGUUGCCCGACAACACACUGAUUGACCUUUAUGAGCAGGUCGUGAUGGAGCUCAUUGAGAUGAGGGAGGUGGGAGCAGCUCGCUCCCUUCUCAGACAAACCGACCCCAUGAUCAUGUUGAAGCAGACGCAGCCGGAGAGGUACAUCCAUUUGGAGAACCUGCUAACAUGCUCCUACUUUGACCCUCGUGAGGCCUACCCGAAAGGUAGCAGCAAGGAGAAGAGGCGCAGGGCAAUUGCUGAGGCGCUGGUGAGGGAGGUCAGCGUGGUGCCCCCGUCUCGCCUCAUGGGGCUCCUGGAACAAGUCGGCUCUAUGAGAAUACAGGGGUGUCCAGGUUCUCUCUCCCCGGACAUGACCAUCGAAACAUCUGGCAACAAGGACAGACAUGUGGAGAAGGAGAGCUUCCCGACACAGCUGUACCGCCACAUCAAGUUUGGGCGUCGGUCACACGUCGAGUGCGCCCGCUUUUCUCCUGAUGGCAAGUACUUAGUCACAGGAUCAGUGGACGGCUUCAUUGAGGUCUGGAACUUUACCACUGGAAAAAUUAGUAAGGAUCUUAAGUACCAGGCCCAAGACAGUUUCAUGAUGAUGGACGAUGCUGUUCUGUGUAUGUGCUUCAGUCAGGAUACGGAUCUGCUGGCAACUGGCGCUCAGAAUGGCAAAAUAAAGGUGUGGAAGAUCCAGAGCGGCUUGUGCCUGCGCAGGUUUGAGCAUGCUCACGACAAAGGCGUGACCUGUCUGAGCUUCUCCAAGGACAACAACCAGAUCCUCAGUGCUUCCUUUAACCAGACCAUCAGAAUCCAUGAGCUGAGGUCAGGCAAGACACUAAAGGAGUUAAACGGCCAUUCGUCAUUUGUAAAUGACGCAGCUUUCACUCAUGAUGGAACCCACAUCAUCAGCGCCUCAUCUGAUGGCACAGUUAAGAUUUGGAACACAAAAUCCUGUGAAUGCAACCACACUUUCAAGUCUCUGUCCCAGACAUCUGAUGUCCCUGUCAACAAUGUGAUUCCUCUCCCCCAAAACCCAGAGCACUUUGUGAUCUGCAACCACUCCGACACUGUGGUUGUCAUGAACAUGCACGGACAGACGGUGAAGACCUUCAGCUCGGAUGAAAAAGAGAGGGCAAACUUUGUGUGCUGCACCCUGUCACCCCGUGGGGAGUGGAUUUACUGUGUGGGAGAGGACUUAGUGCUGUACUGCUUCAACUAUACGACAGGAAGGCUGCAGAAAACGCUGACCGUUCAUGAGAAAGAUGUAAUUGGCAUCGCUCACCACCCACAUGAGAACCUGAUUGCCACAUACAGCGAGGACGGCCUCCUGAGGCUAUGGAAACCUUAAGCUGUCUCCAGCAUCGUGAUAUGGAGGACCCAGAGAGCCUUACACAUGGUUAUAAAGCAAUUCAUUCAUUCUUAUCUGAUACAAAAAAGAUGGAUUUAUAAGACAAAUGGCUGUAUUAUAUUAUAUAUCCAUUGGUAACCACAAGGUCAAUUAAAUUGCUUGACUGGAGCUUUAAGUCAUAUGAUCUUCAUCAGCAAAUGGAUUUUUCCAGUUGUUAUGAUAUUGCAGAAUUUAAUUUUUUUUUUUUUUUUAGCACUUAAAGGACUUCUUGUCUACGGCACAAAAGGAAAACAAAAAAUUGCAAAAUUGGCAAAUUUCAUCAGGUGGUGAAUAUCAUGUAGUUUGACUAAAAGCAGCUACUAAAUGGACUCUGAGGUGAAGUUCUUUUUUGAAAGUAAACUUGGCACCUUUGCGAUUAAUUAGCAUUUUUAGAUAAAUUAUGGUAAUUUCUGCCACUCAUUUGAACUUGGAUUACAUAGUGGAAACAUGGCAGAGUAACACAGUUGGCAAAUAUCUAAAUCUAUCUUAAAGCAAAGGCUGUCAGUAUUUUUUUUUAAAUUUUCUUAUUGUCUAUGAAUCCCAUGAAAAGACCACAACAAACUAUACUCUCAAAAUUCCCUGCCAAGUCUCUGGCACUCAGUCCAGAGUUAUUUGGUUCUUACUGACGAUGCAAAAAUUGUCAGAAACAUAUAGUUUAACUUUUCAAAAAAGAGCUAAAUUAUUUCCUAAAAUAACUGGGCAUUGUAUUAUUAAUAUUCCUUUUUUUCAGCAAAUGUUAAUCAAAAAUAAUGCAUUUGUCUGGGACUAGUUCUAGCUGCGGAUUAAUACAUAUUUGGUGCUAUAGUGACACACAAUCGCCAGAAUAAAUGAUGGCAUUGUAUGUUUCUGCAAACCACAAAUAUCUAACAUUUGUACGUUCCAUAUGUUGCAGAUAUGUUUAAAUUAUGAACUUCAUAGUGUAACAACAGUGUGGUACUUUUUGAAAAUAUUUUUUAAAAAAUUGAGAGUAGCUAUGAUGUAGUUAAACUUAUUUAAACCGUGAAGUAGCCUGUAGUUUAGAAAACUACAGUUUUUAAGUAGCUUUCCCAACACUGUGUUUUGGUUUAAAUACCUGGUUUGGUCGCUGCAGACACAUCUGUACACAAAAAGUAGUCUGCCGCUGGCUGCUUGGUAGCCGUCUCACCCAGGUGUCACGCCAUCCACGAUU